AUGGCGUUUAAAGGAAAGCAUUGCCGCCAUGAGUUGGCUUGCAUCAUCAUCUUUGACCUCCUGUUGAUCUCUGUGACUGGAUUUGUCCUGGACGACCAAACUUGCGAAGAUGUUGCCAUCAUUGGCGCUGGAAUCAGUGGGUCUUAUGCUGCCUGGCGGCUCCGGGACCGCAAUCUCAGCGUCUCCGUGUACGAAUAUUCAAACAGGGUCGGAGGUCGGUUCCGGACCAUUCGGUUUCCGAAUUCACCCGAUAUCAACGUGGAACUAGGUGCCAUGAGGUUUUUUUCCAGCAGGGAUGCGGUUUUGCACGGGACUGACUUCCCGGCCAACGGAACCUUCAACGAUUACGCACUCCUUCACACCCGCACCAAAGAUGGACUGGAACUGUAUAAACAGAGUGCAAGGGCGGCGUAUUUCACGAUGGGAAUCAGCAAGGAGAUGUCCGACUUCAUUCGCGAUGUGACAGGAUUUCGCUUCUUGUUUGGCGACGUCUCCUCCUCAAAUGCCGUACCUGCUUUUAAUCCUAAUGACAUUCGAACAGGACCGCGGGUUGUGCAGACCGUCAAAGAGGGUAUGGAGGCAGUCCCGCACACUCUUAUGGACCGAUUUCUCCAAACGAGCCAUAGCCACAAACUUUAUCUAAAUCGUGAAUUAACGGAGGUUAUACGUACAGGAGCGACUUACACGCUCAGGUUCAAAGAAACAGUGACCAUCAACGGUAUAACUACAUAUGCAAAAAAUUUAAGAAUGGUGGAAGUUUGCGCGAAAAGAGUAAUAUUAUCUGUGCCUCAAUUAGCAUUGUCAAAGGUCACAUUUUCUGGACUAUCAAUAUCUCAUGACUUGAGCGACAGCAUAGAAAACGCCGUGAAAGACGUGCCUGCCUUCAGGAUAUUUCUAGCGUACGACACACCAUGGUGGAGGAUGACCAACGUCACACACGCGGAAACAGAUCUCCCAAACAGACAGGUGUACGACUUCGGAACUUCGGCUCGAUCGAGUACGUCUGUAUUGGCCGCGGCUUACGGAGAUAUGGACAUUGUGAAAUUUUGGCGGGAAGUGCAGUCACGUGGGCCUUUUAUGAACUGUUUGAACGGAAAUGGUACAUGCCCCUCGGAAGCAGCGGUAAAGCACGUUACCAACUUCCUGGCAGAAAUAUUUCAAAUUCCAUUGGAAAGUAUUCCCACACCGGUAGAUGGGGCCAUAUCUAUAUGGGAUCAGUUUCCCUUCGGUGGUGGUUGGCACGUUUGGAUGCCAGGAUAUAACUGGGAUGAUGUAUGGAGAGAUGUUAUUCAACCAUCACCAACCGACCACGUGUACUUCGCCACCGGAUCGUACGCUCCUGGCGAGACUGAUAGCUGGUCAAACAACGCCCUGGAAACUGUCGAACGGGUUCUCAAGUUGUUAAGUAUUUAA